UUGAGAUUAGAGAACCUCCGACUUAGUUAUUUAACAAACUCAAAGAAAUAACUCUAAGUGAUGUUAUUAAUCUAGUUAAUGAAUGCAUAUUUAAAUAUAUUACGUUGUAUAUGGUAUCUUGUUAACUUCGAGUUCUUAAUUCGAAACUAAUUAAUUAGAUUCACUAGGUAACCUAUUUAAUUAUAAAAUUAAAUAUGAUAAAAUUAUACUCUUUAAAGCAACAUAAAAAAGAUGGAGAAUCUCCAAAAUCGGGUAGCCAAAAAAAAGCUUCUGCUGCUCAUCUGAGAAUUACUAAAGAUUUGAAUGAACUUACUUUACCAAAAACAUGUACAACGGAAUUUCCUGAUCCAGAUGAUUUAUUGAAUUUUAAGUUGACUAUUUGUCCAGAUGAGGGAUCAUAUAAAGGUGGAAAAUUCAACUUCAGUUUUAAAGUCGGUGUAAAUUAUCCACACGAACCUCCUAAAGUAAAAUGUGAAACUACAGUUUAUCACCCUAAUAUAGAUCUCGAUGGCAAUGUGUGUCUUAAUAUACUUCGUGAAGAUUGGAAACCAGUAUUGACUAUUAAUAGUGUGAUUUAUGGCUUGCAAUACUUGUUUCUGGAACCUAAUCCAGAAGAUCCACUAAAUAAAGAAGCUGCUGAUGUUUUACAAAAUAAUAAAAGACUAUUUGAUAUGAAUGUUCAGAAAGCAAUGCGUGGUGGGGUAAUAGGCAAUACUUAUUUUGAAAAAUGUUUAAAAUAACAGUCUACAAAGAAAAUUAAGUUCAUGCUCAAACAAUGUGGCAGUUAUGUUUUUGCAAAUAGAAAUUUGAUUGAUUCGUACAAAUGUUGUGGUGUGAAAUAUAAAAUUAUAUUAAAUACAUCAUUUUAAUUUUGCUCUA